AUGGCGGUCAGUUCAUCUCCGGUAGACUACAGUACGUACAAUACCCUGCUUAUCCGGUCAAGAUCCAACCUCGCAGGUCUCGGAUGAUCCACCAUGUCAAGUGAGUGCACCCGGGGUGAGGUCGUCGCAGCGGAGUACGUCCUCCCGAGCUAAAUGUUAACUUGGUCCACUGUCCAGUCCGAAGCCUGCGCUAUCCAAGACUGUCUCAUGGCCAAGCACUACCAAGAAACACGAUGUCAAGAUGUGAUUGAUCGUGCGUAACCACUAAAGCCUGAACUCGCACCUGCCCUCAGCUAUGGACCCGUUCGAAACCCUCUCUCUCUGUGAAUGCCUUAGGCCUCUACCAGUGUUGCGACAAGAUGAUUAAGCAGAACGGCACCUCGACCGCUUGCCCCAAGCCAAGCGUCGUCGACAGGAAACUACGGGAGAUCACAGAACGGAAAUGA